AUGGUUAUUGAAUGGAGCUUGGCUUUUCUAGAUCGUCACUUGAAUGCCAAUGGUGGUUCUCUCCCCGCCAGUGAGUCCUCGAGGGAAGCCUCGAAAGUGCAUCAAUGGGAGAAACCAGUGGAGGGUGUUGUCAAAAUUAAUUGUGAUGCUGGUCUUGACCAUGUUGCAAAGAAGGCUGGUGCUGGGGCGGUUUUCCGUGACUUUCAUGGCAUGGUCCUUGCCUCUAGUACGUGGUCAUGGGAUCAUUUAUUGGACCCUAUUAUUGCUGAAGCCUUGGCGGUUUAUCACAGUAUUUUGUUGUGCUAUAGACUUGGGUAUCAUACGGUGGUCAUUGAAUCUGAUUGUGCCAAUAUGGUCCGUGCUAUUAACAGUCACAAGAUCGAGCAUUCUUAUCUAGGAUAUAUUUUUAGGGAUAUUCUUGCUUAUUGUAAUUCCUUUCAUAGUAUCUCCUUUACUUUUUGUCCUAGAAUGGCCAAUAGUGUUGCUCACUCUUUAGCUAAGUUUGCUUUAUCUCUUUCUAAUGAUUUUAUUUGGUGGCUUGAAUACCCCGAGUGUAUCAAUGUUGUAAUUCAGGAUGACAUUACUUGA